AUGGAUAGUAACAACGAUAGUUCAUCUUCCGAGGAUGAACUUAUCAACAAUAAUUUGUUACCUGCAUUAUCUCGUACUGCACAACUUCUUCUCCAGAAUAAUGUUAGCUCAAGUAACAAUCAAAGGAGAAACACAAUCCAAAGAGAUCGUUUAGAGGCUGAACAGCUACUGAUCCGACAUUACUUUGCAGAUGAUUCAACAUAUGGUCAUGAUCUAUUCCGCAGAAGGUUCCGUAUGAGCAAAGGUUUGUUUAUGCAACUUGUUGGUGACCUAGAGAUGAAUUAUCCAUAUUUUCAAACAACAUGGGAUGCAACAAAUCAGAGAAGUUUCAGUGGGCUACAAAAAUGCACCUCAACAAUACGUCAAUUAGCGAAGGGUUAUAACCCAGACUCAUUAGAUGAGUAUCUAAAUAUGUCAGAAAGAACUUCUCGUGAAGCUCUAGAAAACUUUUGCUAUGGUAUUGUCCAAAUGUAUAAGGCUGAAUAUUUACGCCGUCCAACAUCCACUGACAUUCAAAAAUUGUAUGAAGCACAUGAAGCUAGACAUGGAUUCCCUGGAAUGCUUGGUAGCAUUGACUGCACACAUUGGAAUUGGAGGAAUUGUCUAACAGAACUGAGAGGCCAAUACAUGAGGGGUGACCAUCAGUAUCCAACAAUGAUACUAGAAGCAGUGACAUCACAAGAUUUAUGGUUUUGGCAUGCAUUCUAUGGUGUAGCUGGUUCGAACAAUGAUUUGAACGUCCUCUACCAAUCACCAUUGUUUGAUGAGAAAUAUCAUGGAACAGGACCUGAUUGCUCAUUUGAUCUGAAUGGUGAACACUACAAGCAUGGUUACUAUCUUGCCGAUGGAAUAUAUCCAACAUGGGUUGUAUUCGUGAAGUCAUAUCCACAUGCAAUAACGAACAAAAAGAAACGGUUCAAGGCGGCACAAGAAUCAGCAAGAAAGGACGUAGAACGUACGUUUGGGGUCCUUAAAGGAUGUUGGGACAUAUUAAAGAUGUCGGCACGGGCUAUGACGGUGAAGAAAACGAAAAACAUAAUGUUGAGUGGGUUGGAAAAGAUAGGAUUUCCAUGUGUUGUGGGUUGGCAAAGAUUGAAGCGAGAGAAUAAAAAAAAGCUGAUGUGGCAGUGGGUUGAGAGGGAAGGACUCCCUCCUCCCUAA